CAUUUAUUCGCCCCUAUUCUCCCGAUCAUCCGAUGCGUUGCACUCGCAUGCGUGCACACGCGCACGAGCUUGCAGCAUCGUCAGCAGGGUCGUGGUUGCCUCAUCAACUUGAAUCAUACACACACACACACACAAAAAUCACAUACCAGUACCAACCGUGAGUGCGUAAAAGUGCGAGGUUACCCGAACAGCAUAAACAUGGCCUCGCGGUGCGGUCACGGUGUUCAGCGAGUUUUGGCGAAAUUAGAAGCGUCGAUAAACUCGGAAAAUUAUUAUGAGGCCCAUCAGAUGUACAGAACUUUGUAUUUCAGAUACCUCGGUCAGAAAAAAUACUCGGAACUUUUGGAAUUGCUAUAUAAUGGAUCAAUGCUUUUAUUACAGCACGAUCAGCAUGCCAGCGGCGCCGACUUAGGAAUCUUAUUUAUCAAUGUUUUAACGCAAUCGGAGACGGAGCCGACAGAGGUUUUCUUCGAAAAGAUCACAACAUUGUUCGGCACGAUGAGCCCCACCUCCCCCGAGAGAGACAUGUUUGUGCAAUCCGCGCUCAAGUGGAGUACGAAGGGCACGGAUUACAAAACCGGUCACCCGGACCUGCAUCAGAAGAUAGCUCAAGUAUUUUGGAGAGAGAAAAAUUAUAUAAUGGCGAGGCAGCAUUUUAUGCAUAGUAGAGAUGGCUCCGGAUGCGCGGCGAUGUUGGUGGAGCUUCACGAGCAGCGGGGAUACAUGAACGAAAUAGACCUCUUCAUAGCUCACGCAGUCUUUCAGUAUCUUUGUCUACAAAACAAGGCAACGGCGCAGGAGGCCUUUAAUUCUUACACUUCGAGGCAUCCGAAAAUAAGUACCGGUCCGCCGUACCUUCUUCCCCUGUUAAACUUCUUGUUUUUUCUACUCAAAACUAUCGACAGUGGGAAAUUAGCAGUGUUCACAGUACUCUGCGAUCAGUACCAGAUAUCCUUAAGCAGAGAUCCAUGUUAUCGACAGUACUUAGACAAAAUAGGCCAACUCUUUUUCAAUAUUCCGCCGCCGCGUCCACGUAAUCAGGGAUUAUUCAGCUCGUUACUGCAGUCCUUCUUCAAUGGCCUGGACGACGACGAAUACGACGACGAACAACGAAACACCGCCUCGACCUCGUACGCCGUGCAAGAACUUGAUUGAUUAAAGAUGAGGCAGCGUUGUGCAGUGUGAUGCUGAAUAUAUAUAUAAUAUGGAACUUUUAUAUAUAAAAUAUAAAUAUAUAUAUAUUAUAUAUAUAUAUUAUUCCUCGACCCAAAUACUUUCACCGGGGAUCGCGCUCGUAUCGCCCGAAUAUGAAAUUGUGAAAUCGCGGAACUUGCGCAACUGGAGAAGGAAGAAGGGGUCUGGUGAUGUGUAAAUUCGCAUGAAAGGGAUGAAAGUAUGUGGGACGACUUCUUAUCAGGAAUUUAUCAAAGUUGUAAGUUGCGUACACUGAAUUCACAAUAGUGCAUAAUAGAUAUCUCGAUUCGUUUUUAUACAUACCUAUAACUAAACUUCCCUUUAAUCGAGUCGAACUUACGGAUGUGCAAUAACGGGAUGCAUAAUUUUCGCGUACGAAGCGUUGUAUCCGCAAAGGACUACCGUUCGAAACGUAAGUACUGGCUUGUAUGUACAUAUUUAAUAUACACACCUCUCCCUCUUUCUCAACAUAUGUGUGUAUAUAUCUCGUAUAUAUAUCACUUGUAAGAUUUUUGAGGUGGCAGAGAGUGUUCAAUUUUAAUUUAAAUGCGGUAUUCCGCAAGUUGAGAGACGUUAACUGAAAUUAUUACUCCGGUGGUUAAAUAGUUAGAAUUCACGCAACACUGCUCGUCAUUCUGUACAACUGCUGUUAUGAAUUCAGCAAUUAUAUACUUGGACUUUGAAUAAAAUCCUUGCCAUUAGCCACAAACCCGUAUACCAUGCAUAAUAAUAAUCACAUCGAUGUAUACCUGCGUGUGUAACUGCUCGAUCGAAAAUUUAUUUUAUAUGAACUGAAUCACGUGGUGGACAAAUAAAUGUGACGUAAUUAUAGCUUCCGAAGAAGAAGAAGAAGAAGAAGAAUGCUUGUCGAGAAUACUUGUUGCCGAGGAGGCAAAUCGAGGAAGUGAAUUCCGCCCCGGGCAACAAGCGAUAUAUUUAUUUAUCGAAUUCCGUACUAUAAUAUUAGGCAAGAAACGUUUAAAACUCUAAUGAAAAAUAGACACGUAUUUAAUUAAAGAAAGAAACGGCCGUCGCUCGCUGCGUAACGAGAGACACAUUCACAGUAACAAUUAAUAAGAGUAAUAUAUUGCUGUGUACUAAAAAAAAAAA